GUUGAAUCGGCAGAGCUGGUGACUUACCAACAGACACACCUCCUCUCUGAACUUCACUUUGAUUCAGCUGUCAGCCUGAUACCUUUCAGGUUCUCUCUCUCUCUCUCUCUUUCUCUUUUUCUCUGUCUGUCUGUCUGUGAGUCUUUGUCUCUCUCUGUCCUUCUCUGCUUCUCUGUGCCUGUCCUCUGUCCCUCUGUUCUUGCACCAUGCAGCUUCUGGCCAGCUUAGUGUCUCUCAUGCUCGUGCUGUACAGUGUAAGGGCAGCCGCCGUGCUUCCUGUGGAGGAGAGGAGCCCUGCACAUGCCAGAGAACUUAGCAAAGAGCGCAAGGAGCUGAUUCUGAAGCUGGUCUCAGGCUUGCUGGACGGAGUGGACAGCAACAUGCUCCCUGGGGAUGCAGCACCCUUGGACCUGGAGGAGCCGCUGGAGUCUCGUCUGGAGGAAAGAGCCGUCUACAACCGGUUAUCGCAGCUGCCACAACGCGACCGCAAAGCUCCCUGCAAGAACUUCUUCUGGAAAACCUUCACAUCCUGCUAACAGAUUCCGACCACGGCAGAAACCCCUAAUAUCCCUUCGCCCCUGCAGCAUCCCAACCUAAUGUGAUCCCCUCCCAAUCCAACUUCACAGCUCCACACAGAAAAGAUCAAUUAUGAACUGUGGUAGACCUCAACUGUACAUAACAUUCACACUGUCAGAAGGAAGGUCAGAAUGGACUAAACUGACACAGUCUGUUUAUUGAAAUACUGAUGAUUCUAUUUAUUUAUGUAUUUAUUUGUUUAUGGAUACGUUUAAAGAGAAAGAUACAAUAAAGCAUGGCUAAGA